GUCAAGCUCUGCAGGCCUUUGCUAGACAGCCAUUGCGUUCAUUUCUCUAUUCAUACGGAGUUGCAAAUAUACUCAGAGUCUUCCUUCGCUUGUCGGUUUCUCUCGUCACAGCUGGAGCUGUUCAACGUCUCGAUUCUGUCUUCGCUCAACAUCACGCUUCUGUCGGUGUAUUUAUCUACAAGUCUGCCGCGAUGAAAGUCACGCCUUUCAAAGAUCCGUUCAUUUUAAGGCUGCCGGAGCCCUACUGUACAACAUACGAAGUGUUCGAAACGGGGAGACAUGAUUCGGGCGUCGCUCGACUGCAAAUACGGCGCACAAAGCCAGCUCCUAAUGCCUUGCCAGAAGGUGCCGAACCACCCAGCAGGCUGCACAGUCACGAUUUGUCCUUCACCGAGCCUGAAAGUGCCAAAGAGCCGCCCCCGAAGUCUGACAACACGGCAUGGGGUCGAGCUUGCCGAAGCCCCGUGGUAAAGUUCGAAUGGAAGAAGGACAGCGCGCCAACUCUGGCACAGCUCUGGCUGGCUCUGUACGCGCUUUUCGAGAGAUGGCCUCAGUAUGAGCAGAUACGUCUGAUCUUCAACGGAUGGAAUGCAGCGGUUGCGAAGAGUCAAUUGUGUGCCGUGAUGCUAGCCAUUCAGCAUCCUUCGAGGGACAAUUUAGAGACCGAUGCUGAAUCUACGAGAGACUUAGCUAGCAGCGUCAAGGACCAGCUCGUCGCUCUCCGAAGCGCAUUCUGGCAAGGGGCCGGGUCGCCAUUCGGGCCACGUCCAGUCUGGUUACCCGAAGUACCGUCCGCGACUGUGUAUCCUUUGUCGAGCUACCCGCCUCCUCCUUUGAUUCCUACUCAGACGACGACGUUCCCAUCUGGUCGAGUCCACAUGCGCCACCUGCUGCGCCCUCAGAAACCUAAGCCCGGAUCGAUCAUCUACAGUCGUUACAUUCCCCACCUGAAGGAGCAUUUCUCCAUGGUGGCUCUUGACGUGAACAAUAGUACGCAUGUUGACCUCUUCCAUCGAUGGCAGAACGAUCCUCGUGUUGCCCGAGGUUGGAACGAGAGUGGCACGCUUGAACAGCACAUCAAGUAUCUGAAGGACAUGGAUGAGGAUCCGCACAAGUUGGCGAUUCUCGCCAAGUUUGACGGCACCUUUUUCGCUUACUUCGACAUUUACUGGGCCCAGGAAGAUCCCCUCGGAGCAUUCCGGUCCUUCCAUCCGCACGAUCGAGGUCGGCACAGCUUAGUAGGCGAUGUGCGGUUCCGAGGCCAGCACCGCGUAGUGGCAUGGUGGUCCGCCAUCCUGCAUUACAUCUUCUUGGACGAGCCAAGAACAAUGCGAGUCGUAGGCGAGCCUGACGCCACGAAUGCCACGGUCUUGGCCUACGAUUUCGCCAACGGAUUUGCUGUCCGGGAAUGGGUGGAUCUGCCGCACAAGCGUUCGGCGCUGAUGAUUUGUCCACGCGAGAGAUUCUUCCAGAUUUGCCCCAUGGCGUAUGACGGAAUGAUACGGGGUCCUGAUGGGAUAAACCCCUUGCUUAUGCCAUCCAAGCUGUGAAAAUUGUACAAUGAAAUGAUGGAGCAUCUUGUAGAGCGGUGAUCAUUGUCACAAGAUACUUGUUUACAACUUGUUCACCGCAGUUAUCAACGCGGUGGAGUACACGAUCUUGCCUCAUCAGUUCUCGCCAGCUCAUGGAUAUCCUGGAAUUUCUAUUUUUUUUUUUUUCUUCUUUCAACGUCGAAUUCUAAUCCCCCUUUGUGGCUACUUCUCCC